GUGACGAACUCACAACUAAACGCCAUACUGCGGAGACUGGCGAUUCGCCUCUAUGUAGGAGCAAAAUGUGGCCGCAUAAACUUUCUCGAGAACUUGUCAAACACAGCUAAGAGAAGGACGCUUACUGCCAUUGCCAUUUUUUAAAAAUGUAUCAGAGGUUUUGAAGUUGUGCAGUACAUUUCAGCAAUGGUCCGCCUUAACAUAGAACUAAUAGCUCGAAGCAGCGUUCAUAUAAAAAACCGAAGAGAUGAACCACUGGCACAAUACCUGAAAAGGAUUACACAUUUGAAUUUUUCAAAUAAAAAUAUUGUAGAUAUUGAUGAUCUGUCAAUGUGCCGGAACCUUACAGUUUUGUACUUGUAUGAUAAUCAAAUUAAGCAGAUCUGCAACUUGAGCUUCGCCUCAAAUCUUACACACCUCUAUUUGCAGAACAACAGCAUAACGCAAAUUGAAAACCUGUCAUCACUGCCUAAGCUUUCCAAGUUGUACCUUGGUGGCAACUGCAUUACAGUAGUAGAGGGUCUGGAAAAGCUUGAACUUUGCGAGCUACAUAUUGAAAGUCAACGACUUCCCCUUGGAGAGAAGCUGUUAUUUGAUCCUAGAACUCUUCACUCUCUGUCUACUUAUUUGUCUGUAUUAAAUAUCAGUAACAAUGCCAUUGAUGAAAUUACUGAGCUCGCUGUCCUGCAAAACCUAACACAGUUCUACGCCGCUAAUAACAAGCUUCAGGAUGUAAAGGAGUUAGAGCUGGUGUUCAGUAAGUGGACGAAACUUCAAAAACUGGAUUUGAGUGGAAACCCAGUGUGCCAUAAACCAAAAUACAGGGAUCGCUUAAUAAUGAUAUGCAAAUCUCUUGACGUACUUGAUGGCAAAGAGAUCAAUGAAACCUUCAGGCAGUUUCUUACUAACUGGAAGGCUUCAAAAGAAGCAAAAAAAAGGAAUGUGGAUGAGCAGUUCAUCAAACAAGCAGCCUAGCGCCAUCCUUGAGUGAACUGAUUAUCAGCACAGUGCUGAUUGUAGAAUUGUUUUAAUACUGCAGAUCUUAAUUUUAAAACUAAGAAAAGCAAAAGCAUUUGUACCUGCAUUGGCCUUAUAGUUUAACAUUAACUCAUCUUCAUUUUUAAAAUGCAUGACCUACAAUCUGCAAUGUCCUCGUUUCAGAAUAUCAGAAUAUUAUGCAAUAUAGGUAUCUUGGAAUUUUACACACACACACACACACACACACACACACACAC